UAGAAUCCAGUCCGGGUUUUAGCUCCAACCCUAAUGUCAGCUUUGCAAAGUUUUGCAGCCGUGAGUGGGUUCCUUGCACAUGAUUUGGGUCGCAAAGAAGGAAUAAUAAGGCAACCUGUGUACUGAAAAUGGAUAGAAUGGAUAACCUCCGCUCUCCUGUGCCCCCCUCCUCUUGCGACUGUUUUGUCUCUCUUCCUCCGGCUUCUGCUGCCAAGGAAGUGAUCUUUGGUAAGAAUUCAGAUCGGCCAAAGGAUGAAGUCCAGGAGGUUGUCUAUUUCCCUGCUGAAUGCCAUGCCAAGGGGACAAAGGUCCAGUGUACAUAUAUUGAAGUGGAGCAGGUUGAAAGGACGCAUGCAGUUAUUCUGAGCCGGCCUGCCUGGCUAUGGGGAGCUGAGAUGGGAGCCAAUGAACACGGGGUCUGCAUUGGCAAUGAAGGGGUCUGGACCAAGGAACCAGUUGGGAAGGAGGAAGCCUUGCUGGGCAUGGAUCUGGUCAGGCUGGGUUUAGAGCAAGGCAGCACUGCCCAUGAAGCCCUCCAGGUCAUAACAACACUUCUGGAGCACUAUGGCCAAGGGGGGAGCUGCAAGGAGGAGCCGACCCCUUUCAUUUACCAUAAUACCUUUCUCCUGGCCGAUCGCAAGGAAGCCUGGGUCUUGGAAACAGCUGGGCGAUUUUGGGCUGCUCAGAGGAUUCGAGAAGGUGCUCUUAACAUCUCCAACCAACUGAGCAUUGGAACAGAGAUUACCGCUGAACAUACAGGUCUGCGGCAACAUGCCAAAAAGCAGGGAUGGUGGAGUGGCGAGGGAGAAUUCAGCUUCAGAGAGGUAUUUUCACUCAUCCACCAGCCUGUUCGCAUGGAGGCAGCCAAAGCUCGAUAUUGUGCUGGCCAACAACUCCUGCACAAACAUUCAGGGCAGAUCACUGCAGAGACCAUUAUGGCCAUCUUGAGUGAUAAAUCCAGUGGGAUCUGUGUUGAUUCUGAAGGUUUCUCCACCACCGGAAGUAUGGUAUCCAUCCUCCCACAAGAUCCUCACCUACCUUGCAUCCACUUCAUAACAGCCACACCAGAUCCUUCCAGGUCUAUCUUCAAACCCUUUAUCUUUGCUCCCAACAUCCCUUCCUUCCCCCAAGUGAAAUCGCCAAGCUUUGGUGACAAAGACCCUAUCAAGGAGAACCCACGGUUUCAGAGCCAUGUUGACCGAUGCCAUGGUCUCUACAGACAGCACCAAUUAGCCUUGGAAAGCAUGGGUCGUGAUCAGCAUGAAAGCCGAAAAAUCCAGGAAGCUAUGAAGAAAUUUCAGCAGCAAAUUCUGGAGAGAAUGAAAAACUUGUUGGCUGGUUCCCUGACUCUGAAACCCCAGGAGCUGGCUGACCUCUUUCUUAACUCUGUGGAAACAGAACUCAAAUUAUAUAAGUGAUGGAUAACGGCAGGUAGGUUUAGGUUUCAUCCUGUGCUACUGAAAAUUUCAUGUGUCAGAAGCCUGAGGAUACUGUGCUGUCUGAAAGACUAAAAUGCUGGAGUUUUAGCCUAUGUUCAGCAUAUGGAAUUUUUUUACUAUUGAUAUAGUUCUGGUGUUUUAGUAGAUAUCAAACCCCAGUGGAUAUGAAGGACCACUGUUUUCCUCACUGCACGUGUGUUGGGUGUAUAAAUGGCUGCUCCACAGAUUUUGACUGCCUUCUAGACAAGGCUCAAUGGCCAAAUAUAAAGAAGUUGAUUCAUUGUACUUUUUUUAAUGGAAAUUCAUGAAACAUUCAUGUUUAUGUGACUUCAAUUUAGAACAUUUUAACGGGGUCCCCAAAGUGCAUAAUAAAUCUAGGAGAAGCUUGCAUUUUCUAAAACAAUAACCAAAUCCUGUGCCUAUAAUUCAAAUGUGAACUUUUGCCUGAAAAAAAAUCCAAAUAUUAGAAUUCAGCCUAUAUUCCAUCCAGCAAGAUUAAAGGUAUAAUAUCAGGUGCAGAAGAAUGCUUGUGAAGAGUGUCUUUUUAUUGAUCUGUUCUAGCUCUGAGAACUUCAGAAGACUCCCUUGCUGCUGUCUAGUCCUAUCACUAUGAUCCUGUAUUUCAAGCUCCUCUCCUUCUCUUUGCUGCUGAGAUGAUUAGAGCAGAACUGUCUUUGAAUCAGAGGCAUAUAUGUUUCCUUCCCAAGCCUUCCAAGUGUUGGUAUUCAGAAUCUGAAAACCUCCUUGAAUCGACUUGGAAUUCAACCUAUAGCUGGCAACUCAUAAGAUUUAUUAAAUUUCAAAGACUACACUUGGCAUGAUCUUCUUCUUCUUUUAUUUAUUUUUAUUAAAGGAUUUACAAUUAUAUAGACAUAUACAUUUCCCCCUCUUUUAUUUUCUUUCACCCUUGUGCUCCCCUUCUCCAGAGCCAUCUCCUUCUAAGGGUAUAUGAAAGAUACCAGUUUCAUACUUACAUAACUGUGAUACUUCCCAAUGAAGUCUUAUGAAUAAAGGACUCCUUUGUGUCUU